AUGGAACCAGUGUCUUGUUGUGAGAAGCAUGUGGACCCAACAUGUGAACUUGAGGGUACGCUUGGACCUGAGGAGGGGACAGAGGAGGAGCUGAGUAGACCCAAGAUAGCCCAAGAUGAGAGCCUAAGAGGAGACAUCGCGCUGGAAAACUGUGAGAGCAGAAACUCAUGCGGUCCAGAACAAGAAGAAUCAGAGACACGAUGCCGUGGACGGGGAGAAUUGAAAAAGACAAACAGCUGGAAGAUGGUUCGAUUCCAAGAACCGUCCUUGGAGGACGAUGUGCUGGAGAGGGACAGCUCGGCAGAGAGUCUUUUUCCAGAAUACGCCUUGGAAGAGUGGACCACCAUCUCCUUUGAGAAUCUGUUCAUGAAGGAAGACUGGCAGUACAUAACAGAUGACCGACUGCUGAGGAAAAAGCUGCUGGAGCCUGCCGCCCCCUCGGCCCCUCGUCCCAUCUGGGGCCAACAAGUUACUGUGAAGAUGCAGGCUGUCCUGGAGGACCGCACUGUAGUGGAGAAGGAUAGCAAGUUGGUGUUUGUUAUCGGGGAAAGAGACGUAAGCCAGGCGCUGGAGGAGUGCGUCCUGUCCAUGCACAAGGGUGAGAUCACAUUACUGCUGGCUGACUCUCAGUACGCAUACGGGCUCGUGGGCAGAGAGCCUGACAUCCCCGCAUGGGCUCCUCUGCUCUACCAGCUGCAGCUGCUGGACAUCACAGAUAAACCAGAUCCACUGAAUAUGCCAGUAUCGGAUCGCAUCCGCAUCGGAAACCAGAAGCGAGAGCGAGGGAACUUCCAUUUCCAGAGAGAGGAGUAUAGCAUGGCCGCGCGAGCCUACUGUAUGGCUCUGGAUGUCCUUACCACUUGUGGCAGAGAUGCUGGUGACUGUGGCGCCAAGGAGGAAGAGCAGGAAGUGCACGACUACAGGGUGAAGUGUUUGAACAACCUGGCCACUGCUCAGCUCAAACUGGAGAAGUACAACGAGGCGCUGCACACUAGCCGUGACGUCCUGGCCCUCGACCCCAACAAUGUCAAGUCUCUCUAUAGGGCAGGAAAGAUUUUGUCAGACUUGAGUCAAUACAAAGAGGCCAUGGAGCUGCUCAAGAAGGCCUUGAAACUGGAACCGACCACCAAGGCUAUCCACGCUGAGCUUUCCAAGCUUGUAAAAAGGCAGUCUGGAGGCAAAGCCAUACGGGAAUGGAAGGCCAAGCCCGCAGAGGUGCUCGGAGACAACAUCACACCUUUCCUCCUGGCCUCCAAAAAUACCUCAUCGGCCAUCUCCUGGAAGUUGAUACUCGGAGCUUUGGUGGUGGCGCUGGGCAGCUUAGUGACAUCAGUCAUUCUCACCGCAAGGAACUGA